UUCCGCCAUUCCCACCACAACCUUCCAGCCAUACCCUCUGGCAUCGCACCCCUGGCAUCGCCAUCGCCUAUCCGCACUCUCAACUCAGCCAGAGGCUUGAGCCAGAGCCGCCCUCUCAUAUCCGUCGGCCCCUAUCAGGCCUACCCUGCAGACAUCAAGGUGGUCAUCAAGCCAUCCCCUCCCUCCAAAGCUGCCUCAAAGCGCCCGGCACCCACCACAACCAGCCCUGCUGCCAGGCUAGCGAGCAUGGUGACCCGCAUCGCCCGGGCAGCGGUGGGAGGGGGCAAGGUGCAGGUGAUGCCUGUGGCAGGCACCGUGCAGGUGGCAUCUGGACGGGUGGGCCUGCUGGGACUGGCUGACGCUCGGCUGCACCUGUCCCACCACUGGCCAUCCUCCACCUCGCACCUCCGCCUGCUCCUGCACAGCCCCUUCUCUGCCGCCCACACGUGCGCGUGCCGGUGGAGCAGCACCCGGCUCACAAGGUCCCAUAGCCAUGCCAGCAGCACUCAAGAUAGGGUGGUGCAAACUGGUGCUAGCAGCACUCGAGGCAGGGAGGGGCAAGCUGGGGUCAGCGGUGGCACCGGCUUAGUUGGUGGGGGUGACGUGGGCAGCAGGUAUGUGGACACAAGUGAUGGUGCGACUGUUGAUGGGAGAGAGAAUGGCCGGGGUGGUGUGAGUGUGAGUACAGACUCUAGACCUGGGGAAGGUGGCCUGUGGAGUGCAGAGAGGGGGAAGGUGGAGCGGCAGGGGAGUGGGGGAGCAGGGAGCGGUGGUGGUGGUGGUGUGGUGCAGGUGGCGAGGGCCAAGGCGUGUGUGCCCAUGUGGCAUGGCAUGGAUGUCAGACUCACAGGCUCCAUGCGCUACUCCAUGCCAUGGUGCAUUGG